GCACCUGGGAAGAUGCGGCGCUGGCCACACUGCAGAGUAGGGCAGGAUCAGGCCUGUGACAGAGCAGGGACUUCCCUGGGGGUCCCCACGUGUGAGGGGGAUGUGUUGGCCCCUCGGCUGUUGAAAAGCCGUGGUGAGAGCCGUGAGUCCAGGCAGAGAGGGGGGAUCAGAGGGGUUGCCCCAGGCUGGGUCUGGCCGAUCAUUCCACACCCAGCAUCCCCCCCUCCGGCCUUCCCGCAGGGACAUCUGAGGGGAAUGUCCCAUUUCAGACAGAAAGCGGCUUCCCAGCUGCUCUGCAUCCCCGGCCUCCACAGCCCUCACGCCAAGGAGGUGGUCUUGCCCUGCUGCCCCAUCCCCCCUUGUCCCCAUGUCCCCAAGUCCGUCCAUUCCUGCCGGGAGCUCGGCUGCACCUACAGCCAGUGGCAAGGACGCGGUGUUCUGCUGUUCUCUGCCGCCUGUUGUGCAAGCCCUGGCUGCACCUCCCGUAAACACAGAGCUUCCCACGACCACGGCACCGGCUCCUGCCACGCUGCCCCCCGGUGCCAGCCGCAAACGGGGCCCCCGAGGGGCGCGCACACCACGGGAAGGCUGCUCUCACCUCGCACGAGGAGCUCGGGAGCCAGCAGGGCAGGUGCUUUGGCUUUGCUCCCUGCUUCCAGACUUUCCCCAAGACUCUCUGUCCUUUCGGAGCUGGGCUCCGGGCUGGGGCGGGACACGUGUGGCCAGCUGGAGGGCGAGGGGGAACAAGCAGUACCCCGGCAGGCGUCACAAAGCCAAACAGGAUUAUUUAUGGAACAGAUUUCCUCCAGGUUGUGUUACAGGGGUGGGGGUGAACGGGGCAGACCCCAGCACCGGGCGAGUGGAGGGUUUAGGACAUCUCCCCACCCAAGAAAGCAGAGUGAGCUGAGGGGUCUGCCACUGGCAGAGCCCUGAUUUGGAAGAUGUCUUUUAUUUUCUAAAAAAGCAACUCUGAUCUUUAUUCCCGUGCAUUUUUGGGGGGUGCUUUCUAUGCAAACAAACAAAUUUACCAUUUUUGUAGUACAAGGACAAACCAGGCUGAACCCCCUCAUUGCUGCCAUUGGUCCCAUGGGGUUUUUCAGGGUUUUGGUGUUAUCUCAGGGGCCUGAUGGAAUUAUGCUGAGGGUUUUCCUGGUAUUGCAAACCCACAAGAUUUUAAUUUUGUUUUUAAAAUGAAUAUUUAAAGCUCUUGGAAAUUUAAAGCAGGGAGGGAAAUGUUUGAAACCAGAUGCAAGAUUCACCAGGGUUCUUUUAGAGGGGGAAAAAUUAAAUGCCAUGAAAACAAUUUUUUUU